GCAUCUUUGGUCCUUCUGUUACCCAGCUCCUGGAGGCAGUGGCUGUAGCAGCCCUUGCUGCUCCACACCAUGGCCACCUGCUGGCAGGCCCUGUGGGCCUAUCGCUCCUACCUGAUCGUGUUCUUAGUGCCCAUUCUCCUGCUGCCUCUGCCCAUCCUCGUCCCCAGUAAGGAGGCCUACUGCGCAUAUGCCAUCAUCCUCAUGGCGCUCUUCUGGUGCACUGAGGCCCUGCCCCUGGCCGUCACUGCCCUCUUCCCCUUAAUCCUGUUCCCUAUGAUGGGCAUCUUGGAUGCCUCUGAGGUUGCCGUCGAGUAUCUUAAGGACUCCAACCUCCUGUUCUUCGGGGGGCUGCUGGUGGCCAUCGCGGUGGAACACUGGAACCUGCAUAAACGCAUCGCCCUCCGUGUUCUCCUCAUCGUUGGGGUGCGGCCUGCCCCGCUAAUCCUGGGCUUCAUGCUGGUCACGGCCUUCCUGUCCAUGUGGAUCAGCAACACGGCCUCCUCAGCCAUGAUGGUGCCCAUCGCACAUGCCGUCCUGGACCAGCUGCACAGCUCUCAAGCCAGCAGCAAUGUCGAGGAGGGCAGCAACAACCCCACCUUCGAGCUCCAGGAACCAAGUCCCCAGAAGGAGGUGACCAAGCUUGAUAAUGGGCAGGUCCUCCCUGUCACGUCUGCCUCUUCGGAGGGGAGGGCACAUCUCAGCCAGAAGCAUCUCCACCUCACCCAGUGCAUGAGCCUGUGCGUGUGCUACUCCGCCAGCAUCGGGGGCAUCGCCACGCUGACUGGCACCGCACCCAACCUGGUGCUGCAAGGCCAGAUCAACUCGCUCUUCCCCCAAAACGGCAACGUGGUGAACUUCGCCUCCUGGUUCAGCUUCGCCUUCCCCACCAUGGUCAUCUUGCUGCUGCUGGCCUGGCUGUGGCUGCAGAUACUCUUCCUGGGCUUCAACUUCCGGAAGAACUUUGGCAUUGGGGAAAAGAUGCAGGAGCAACAGCAGGCAGCCUACUGCGUCAUCCAGACCGAGCACAGGCUGCUGGGCCCCAUGACCUUUGCAGAAAAGGCCAUCAGCGUCCUAUUCGUCAUCCUGGUGCUGCUCUGGUUCACCCGGGAGCCGGGCUUUUUUCUUGGCUGGGGCAAUUUGGCUUUUCCCAAUGCCAAGGGGGAGAGCAUGGUGUCCGAUGGGACAGUGGCCAUCUUCAUCAGCAUAAUUAUGUUCAUCAUACCCUCCAAGUUCCCAGGGCUGACCCAGGACCCAGAAAACCCGGGGAAGCUGAAGGCCCCUCUUGGCCUCCUCGACUGGAAGACGGUGAACCAGAAGAUGCCGUGGAAUAUCGUGUUAUUGCUGGGUGGUGGCUAUGCCCUGGCCAAGGGCAGUGAGCGAUCGAGCCUGUCAGAGUGGCUGGGAAACAAGCUGACCCCACUGCAGAGUGUGCCAGCUCCAGCCAUUGCCAUCAUCCUCUCCCUCCUGGUGGCCACCUUCACCGAGUGCACUAGCAACGUGGCCACCACUACGAUCUUCCUGCCCAUCCUAGCCUCCAUGGCCCAGGCCAUCUGCCUCCACCCUCUCUACGUCAUGCUCCCCUGCACUCUGGCCACCUCCCUGGCCUUCAUGCUGCCUGUGGCCACCCCGCCCAAUGCCAUCGUCUUCUCUUUCGGGGACCUCAAGGUGUUGGAUAUGGCCCGGGCAGGAUUCCUCCUCAACAUCAUUGGAGUCCUGGUCAUCGCACUGGCCAUCAACAGCUGGGGCAUCCCCCUCUUCAGCCUGCACUCUUUCCCCUCCUGGGCACAGUCCAACACCACAGCCCAGUGCCUGCCGAGCCUGGCCAACACCACCACACCAAGCCCCUAGGCUGGGGCACAGCCUGGCCAUGCCCAGGAAGACCCACCCCAUUCCCACUCCUCUGAGCCGGGAGGGGACACCCCAAGCUCCAAGCUCCAAGCUCCAGGCCAAAGGCUGAAAGGCACGUGUGUACAUAAUCUCUCGUGUGUCUGUAAGGAAGGGGUGUAUGCUCAGUUUCCUAUGUGCUGGAAGAAAAGGUGUGUGCAUGUGUGUGUGCGCAUAUGUGUGCGCCUGCAUGGAUGUGAGGGGUGUGUGACGUGAGGCUAUCUGAGGGGGGCUGUGUGCAUGCACAUGAUCCUAGGUAUGUAUGUUGGACAGUGCACACGUGUGUGUUCACAGACAAUACAACAUGCCCUCUCUGGUGCCCCAGGUCUUGGUAUCCCCAGCUUAGUGACCAGACUUACUUGCACUGUAUUUAUUGAAAUUCAGGCUUGGAGUGGCCUGGGAGGAGGGCCUGCCAGCAGCUGCCACGGGAACAGCCUCUGGGCUGUUAAAGUCACAUUAAAGUCUUUUUCAGUAAA